AUGCGACCAUCCGCGAGCCGCUUGCUUCACCACCUCCUCCCUCCCUCAUUCAAACCCUCGCACCCGAACGCUCGCUACCGCAUGCCACCUCUCCCGCCCGAUACGACCAUCCGUGUGAGCCCUAUUCAUAGCGAGAAGAGGAGCAUGUUCCGCGGGCAUGCAGUCAGAGUUCGGUCGAUAGACGAGGCAGUUCUCGCUAUCCAGCACAUCAUUACCCAGAAGAAAGGGGCUAGGGCGACUCAUCACAUCCUCGCCUAUCGCAUCUCGAAGCCCUCUGACGACAAGUCGCCUGCGACCCUGCUAGAAGGAAGCGACUGCAAUGGAGAACCGCCGGCGGGGAAGAACCUCCUCGAGCUGCUGCGCAAGGUCGAUGCGAAAGAUCUGCUGCUCGUGGUGACAAGGUGGUAUGGUGGAGUGCCGAUGGGAUCCGACCGGUUUCGAGCGAUCAACGCGAUGGGAAAGGAAGCACUCAAACUCUGCGGCUUUGGCCUCAUCCAGACAAUGCAUGUGACCAAGCCAAAAUCGCCGCCCAAGCCAGUGAAGGUGAUUGCACGAGCGAAGCGGGGCAAGAAGCGAGGAGGAUCGUCGCACGGCAAGCGUUGA